AUGGCAAAACAAUUAUUGCCACCUCUUCCAGGCAAACAGUACAAUAUGUUAGUUAGCCAUGUCCCAUUUAAUAAACUAGCUAUUGACAAAGUAAUUCGAAAUGCCACGUAUAUAACAAUACUACGUCAUCCCGUAUCUAAUUACGAGUCAAUUUUCGGGUUCAUGAAAAUUGCUAGUUAUCUCAAUAUUGAGCAGAACACAAGUCAAGAUCCAUUUCACAUGUUUUUGUCAAACACAACGAUGUAUUCUAAACGCAUUAAAGAUUCUUACCGCAAGACAUUACUCAGUAAUAGACAAAUAUUUGAUGUUGGACUUGACCUGAAAAAUCAUAACAAUGAAACACUCGUGGAUAACGUAAUUCAGCAAGCUUCAGAAGAGUUUGAUUUUGUGUUGAUUGCGGAAUAUUUUGACGAAUCACUUGUUUUGUUGAAGAAACUUUUAUGCUGGGACUUUGAAGAUAUUAUGUAUUUUCGUCAAAACAAAAGAAACAACAAACUUCGUUUUGAGUUCGAUGACUGGAAACGUCAGCGAAUAUUGGAAAUAAAUAAGGCCGAUUAUAAACUAUACCAACACUUCAAUAAAACAUUCUGGCAUAAAGUUGCGGCAUACGGUGAAACCUUCCAUAAUGACUUGGCUACGUUUCGAGGUAUGUUACAGAAGUUGCGAUCUGAGUGUGUAGACGAAGAGAGAUUUAAAAUCCAAAGUAGAGGUCGGAUGAAUUCCACGAUACUGAAAAAUAAUGCACCUGCGUAUUGUAACGCACUUAGUAAGGAAGGAUUUGACAUUCUUGCUAACAGGCAAAAAGCUACAAGUUCAGACUUAGCAAUGGACCAAUCACUUUCACAAUUACAAAAGUAA